AAGUAAAAGACAAAACGAAAAGAAUAGAUUCUCUCUCUAGAAUUCUCCUCUCUCUCUCUCUCUCUCUCUCGCUUUGUAGCCCACGUUAGUAGUCCUCCUCUUCCAGCAACCCAUAUAACUUUCGGCCAUGGCAUCACUGUUAGAGGUGGUUGUGGUGGUGGCGAUGCCAGUCCUCUUCCUGAUGGGUCUGUCUCUCUCCACCAACAACGGCGGCGGAGUCGAAGCCACAUGGUGCGUGACGAGGAGCGAGGCCAGCGACCAGGCUCUGCAGACGGCGCUGGACUACGCGUGCGGCGCCGGAGCAGACUGCGCGCCGAUUCUGUCGUCAGGGCUGUGUUACCUUCCAAACACGCUUCAGUCCCACGCUUCCUAUGCCUUCAACAGCUACUACCAGCGCAGGGGCAAUGCCCCUGGCAGCUGCGACUUCUCCGGCACCGCCACCGUCGCCGGAACUGACCCCAGUUAUGGAUCUUGUGUUUUCCCAUCUUCACAGAGCACGGCAGGAGGAACAGGAGGGACUCCAACAACAACAAACCCAUCUUUAAUUGCGCCACCUCCACCGGCAACUACGGUGCCGCUCUAUGGCAAUGGAGGACUGACACCCACCAACACAAACAAUUCUAAAGCUAGUAUGGAGUUAUCAAUUACAACAAUCUUGAUUUCCAUCUCUUGCUUUCUUCUUCUCUCAUUCACAUAUCAACAACUCAUGUAGGCCUUUCGAAGUGGAAGGCUAGGUUAGUACAUUUUUGUUAGAAAUUGGAGCCUUCUUUUGUCGCUACCACCACCAUGUAGUAGUUGUUUACAAUGCCCAUUUGAUCUUUAUAGUUUUAUUUUGUCCUUUUGGUGGUAAAAGGGGUUGUUAGAAAAAUUGGGACUCGAUGAUUUGGAGAAGUUCUUUUAGAUUGAGCAAUUGGGUUUAAGUGAAACCCUUCAAACCCCACUGUUGUUAAAUUGUUGUAGAUUUUAUAAAUUCAAUUCAAUGAUCCAAUUCAAUUGUUUGGGUAGGC